AUGCCGUCCCCCCUGGGGUACGACCUGAAGCCCAAGACGGGCAGCUACACGCUCGGGCUGCCGCGAGGUGACCAGAGCCUGUCUAAUGCGCUGAAAGGCUACUGGGACCACCGAUUUUCCGACAAAAAGUACACGGAUCUCGUGGUCAAGUGCAGAGGGCGGGAGUACCAUGUCCACAAAGUCGUCGUCUGCGGACAGUGCGAGUUCUUCGACAAUGCCUGCAAGCCCGACUCCCCCUUCGUGCUAAAACUAUUGUGCGAGCAGGAGGCACGAACGGGCGUCAUCGACCUCAGCGAGGAUCCCCCUGAGUUGGUAGAAGUUCUGCUCGCGUACUUCUACAUCCAGGACAUCCCGCUGCACGAGAACGUGCGGCUGAAGGAGGGCCGCAAGACGCGCUUCUUCGCCUCCGUGUACGCCAUCGCCGAGAAGUACCGCGUCGCAGGCCUGAAGCUGCGGGCGUGGGCGGCGUUCCUCGACUUUGUGAACGCGGGCGAGUGGCAGUCGGCGCAUUUUGUCAAGACGAUCGCGCUGGUGUGGGAGUCGACGCCCGACAGCGACAAGCCGCUGCGUCACGCGACGCUGAGCGCCGUCAAACCGGCUCUAGCCUGGUUCGCGGCGACGUUUCCGCACUUCGAGGACGACAUGGACGCGCUCGAGACGUUCUGGGACGAGCUCAGGCGGUAUGGAGAGCGGUUCCCCGACCUCGACCGCCGCUGCUGCCCGUCGUGCAUCUCGCAGGUCGCGCUGGAGAUCCGUGACGCGGGGUCGAACAAGUGUCCGGCGUGCGGUCUGGAACAUUCGGCUGCUCAGUGGAGGGAAUUGGCGCUGAUGGACGUGCCCGCCGAGAUGGGGUCCGUCUGGCGGCGGAGAGUGGUGCAGCAGCAGGACGCCGCAGCAGCAUCGGCGGCGGCGACGGCGGCGGUGCUGUGA